AUGAGGACCUCAAAAACACCCGACUCGUUUCAAGCGCACAAGGCCAGGAAGCGCCUUGAUCAAUUUUCCACCGACUUGGAAACGGCCAUAAACCAUGCGACAAAAUUCAAACCUUAUCGAAAGACAGCUGUAAUCGCCUUUCACUGGGAGAAUGAUGAUAUAGGGGUCGAGCCCCUUGAGAGAGAACUCCUGGACGUCUUCAAAUCUGUUUAUGGAUUUGAGACCGAGAGUUUCACGAUUCCGCUUAUCGAGUCCCAGUUCAAACUUCUAGAACGUCUUGUUUCCUGGUCACGAUAA